UUGACAUGAGGAGUGCAAAAUCACAAACGGAUAUUCGAAAACCGUUAAUUUCAAAAAAUCAACCAUUCAAUAUGCUCUUAGAUUUAAUGUUGCGGAUUGGUUGGUACUGUUGCUAGGCAACGACGGAUAGACUCAAAACAAAUAAUAUAAACAAUAUGUACAGUAAAACUUCCAAUUCGGGAUAAUGUAAGUAGAUUUUUUCUAUGGCAGAAGUGCAUAUUAUUGGGGAAAUUAGUCAAGGAAAAGAUUUUCCCAAACAGCAUUUAUUUUGCAAGUGGCAUAUUCAAGUAGGUAAUAAUUGGAAAAUUGUUGAAGGCAAAAGAGAAGGUCAAACCCAAGUAAGUUGGUCACAGUUCAAUAAUAUUUGCAAGUGGUCGUAUCCAGUCGACAUCCAUUUAUCUACAGCUGGAAUUCAAGGUUGGCCAAAAAUAUAUAUUGAAGUUUAUCACUUAGAUUGGUUGGGGAGGGCCCAUUUAUUCGGAUAUGGAAUUGUAACGGUACCAACAAGUCCAGGCACUCAUACUCUCGACUGUUACACUUGGAGGCCGUUUGGUUCGCUGAAACAACGUUUCAUUCAGUAUUUUUUGGGAGGCGGUAUUCAACUCAAAUAUCCCGAUCAGAUAUUUUCUCCUUCAGAAAGAUAUAAACUUUCUACUGAGGCUAUGGGCGUAGUGUCCUUUGAAUUAACGGUACUGCUGAGAAAUUUCACAAACUACGGAGUGGAAUACGAUUGAACAAUGGAAAUUUACGUUGUGGUGGUCAUGCUUCUUUUGAGUGUACAUCAAAAUGGAAUCACUCAAUCGAUAACAGAACCGACAACCACCACUCAAUUAAGUAUCGCUGCUGUUUCCGAAGGGAUUGAUUCCGAAUCGAACUUCACCACGGAUGACUAUCUCUCAUUCGAGACCAAUUCGACAGAGGUGCCAAAUUCAACCAGUGUUGGGCCGACAGAAGGUGCCAAAGCCCAAAGUACACAGCUGAAUACAAAAUCUUCGAAAAGCAAUUUAUGUACUUGCAAC